AUGUCAUCCCAAGAAACAUUCCAGCAAUUUUACAUCUCAUGUAUCGCGAAUUAUGUUAACCUGUAUCCGAAGGUAGAGCUCAUUUGGCAACUGAGAAUAGCGGAAGAAGCGGGGGACUUCAACAGGCGGCAAGGUGCUUUACGCGCUGCUUGCUUAUGGUGGCCUAAUAAUCGCAUUUCUGAUCUUGCUAUCGUGAAGAUGACCCUGAAGAUAGUAUGCUUCUGCGUUUUUCGUCCUAGUUCCAUUGAGAGACUCAUCAUAUCACGCCUUACAUAUGUCUAUCUGGGACAGCUCGCGUUACCAAAAGCAACUAUUCUAGGGCUGAAAAUAAUGAUGACUUCAAGGGCGUAUGCAAUGUACGGAGGGUCUAAGAAAGUACUAAUCUUCCUAGUGGUGGCUUUCUUGAGCUACCAAGGUUUUAAUAUACCCGCUACUAUCUUCCUCCUGAUCAAAAUAAAUGUGGUUGUUAUUACCGCUAUACCAUAUCAUUGUGGAUAUGAGGUCUCGGAAUCCGCGGCUUUUCUAGAGCUAGCCAGCAACCUUCUGGCGUGCGCCUACGAAGUUGCUCUACUUGUCAUGGUUUUAUGCCACACUGUUCUCGGGUUCAGAGCCAGUUAUGGCAACAAAAUGUGGAAAUUUGAUACAUUUAUGUCAAUAAUGGCCCGAGACCAUGUUUUCUAUUUUGCCAUUUCAAUCAUUGCCGUAUUUGCCGUAUUCUCUUCCUGGAAUAGCCCAAUCAUGCUGCUCAGCAUUCGGCGAUUCAAUGCUGACAAAAAUCGUGGAGAGACAGCCGACGAGGCGGAAAUGGAAACCGUUGAAUUCGCUACAGUGGGCCAACAGUCGGGAUCAAGCGGAACACCGUAG